AUGGCGCUCUUGCAGCGUGUGCAUACGUUGACCGGCAAAUUGGCUUCUAUACCUCGCGCGUGGGCGUCGCCAGCUAUGCAGGCACCCUUACCCGCAACAUAUGCCACCGCAGCUGUGCGGAUCGGCAACUUGGCACCAGCUGCCCCCAAAAAGCAACGCAAGCGUCUGGGUCGUGGUAGCGGCACAGAUCGCGGUGGCACCUCGACCCGCGGCCACAAGGGUCAAAAGGCCCGCGCCGGAAAUGGCAAGCCCAAGCCCGGCUUCGAAGGCGGUCAGACACCACUGACACGCUUGAUUCCAAAGCGUGGAUUCACCAACCCACACAAACAGCAUUUUGCGCCCUUGAAUCUCGACCGACUGCAAUUCUGGAUCGAUCAAGGCCGAAUCGACGCUUCAAAACCCAUCACAGCACGUGAACUCUAUGAAAGCCGAUGUGUCCACCGUGUGCGUGAUGGAGUCAAGCUCCUUGCCGAUGGCAAAGAACAUCUACGCACGCCAGUGAAUCUCGUCGUCUCGCGUGCAUCCCACGCGGCCAUUGCUGCUGUCGAACAAGCUGGCGGCUCCAUCGUAUGCCGGUACUACAAUGCCACAAGCCUACGAGCACUCGUCAUGCCGCACAAGUGGCUCGCUAAGAAUGAGCCGUUGCCUCACUUUGCUGACCCAGUGUCGCAGAGCGACCUGCUAUGGUACUCGUCGCCCAACAACCGUGGAUACCUUGCGCUGCGAGACCGGAUCUCAGCAACCACGCCCUCGUCGCCCACAUCAUCAAACUCUUCCUCAUAG